AUGAUGCAACAUGACCCAACAACGGCCAUGACACACCACCAACGAAUGGUAACGACCACUGCCAGCGACAUGGCACCACCACCAUCCUCAAACACCCACCACCACAAUGGCGUGGCACCACCAGAGCACCACCAUCAACCAAUGGCGACCAGCGCCCACCACGAUUCACGACCGCCCACCAUGACAACCACCCGAAUGCAGCAACAAAGGUCAGACGACGUGUAUUUGCGUCAUCUGACAGUGACGAUUGGUAUGUCAUCACCAUCGGGUUGUUUUGAGCCACCCAAGUGA